AUGUCGUUCAGUCCCGAUCAGAUCGUCGAGCAGCUCGAUCAAGCCAAGAACCUCGCCUACACAGAUGCCUCCACAUACCCCCAAGUGUUACGACAAAUCUUGAACUUCGUGACCAGCCCCGAGUCCAAAAUCCAGUUGUGGUGUGUUCAAUUCCUAAAGGAAUCGUUUGUGGAAAACAAAAUCGCCAACCACAGUGACAAGGUAGACCUCGCCAUAGACUCGUUAGAUUCUCUUGUAUUUUUAUCCAACAUCCCUAACUUGCAUAUAUUCAAGCAUGUCAUCUCCAUCUCCAGUGUGAUCUACCGGUUAGUGUUCAGAUAUGUGGCGGAAAACGACGGAUGUAACCCCAUCUGGAGCAAAUUGACCGAGUUGAAGAACUCAUUAGUCAACAAGUUCCAGUCCAAUUUCCCAUUGGAGGCUUCCGAUAACGAGGAAUUUGAUCUUUUCAGAAACAUCGACACCAAGAUCGAGCUCGUCAAAUUCAUGAUGUUGGUGAUCGACUACCAGUCCAAGUCUACGGUGAUAAAUGGCUCCUCGUCCAAUGGGUCGGUGUCGCCGCCUCCAAACACUUUUUCGUUGAACAACGUCACCACCACCCAUUCUUUAAUUAAAUACAGCAACAUGGAAUAUGAAGCCGUCAACCUCUUGGACUUGCUCUUGAAAACCUUCAGCAAUAACGUCAUAGUGGCCCCAUUGAUCACGGCCACCUUGAACCACUUCAUCAUCAUCAUGAAAAGAAAACCGCAAUAUGUCACCAAAAUCUUGAACAUGGUUGAAAACUAUGAUACCAACGCAAAGUUCCAAUCCAACUACCAGAGUCUAGAGGAGUUCAAAUUGGCCAAAAAGUACGUCGAUAGAAUCUUCAGAGUAUUUCUCUUCCAUAUAUUAAGAAACAACUUGGUCCCCACCAAUUACCAAAACACUCUCAACAAGAAAAUGAACCAGUUGGUGGAAAGAGGAAAUGAUAUCAGAAAGAAGAACAUCUUUGUUAUCAAUGAACCAAACAUCAGAAAGAGGAAGUUCGAUGGGUUCCUCAAUCCCACCAAAAAGAUUAAAACUCUCGACUACAAGAACCUUUACUGUUUAAACGACAUCAACAGCGACUUGAACAACUUUGAUUUGACGUCUGUGCCCCAACACAUAUUGACCCAAAUGGUGGUAACUGCAUUAAAAAAGGCUAGCGUCAACAAGGUAACCAAGGCAUUGGAAAUUAUCAGUGAAAGAUACACCGAUGCCAUUUUGGGGCCUGGAGUUGCUAUCAAAAAGGAAGAUGCCGACGAGGACGACGAUGACGACGAUGUGGGUGAAAAUUAUAACCCCGAAACGGUCUACACAUUGCCUCCACCAACCGAUUUAUCGUUCCAAGAAAAGAAGGAGCACAUCAGCAUUAUUAUCAAAAACUUCUUCAAGUUGGCCAACAAUCCCAACGGGAUAAGUCCUGAGGAAGAGAAGGUUGGCGAUGCUGAAGAGGGAAUUAACAAGGAACUCACCAAGACCGCCAUCAACUCAUGGAAAAAGGAUAGUUGGUUGGUGCUCUUGACCCGGUUGGCUACCCGAGGCAUGAGAUCCGCUGUUUUGCAGGAGGACGAAGAUAACGAAGCCGAGAAAUCGCCUGAUGCCAAAGCCAACGAAGAAAUGAGCGAUAUGAUCAGAACUGCCAUUUUCGACUAUUUCUUGGAUAACAUCCAUUCCAGAAUAGAUUUGAUCAUCGAGUGGUUGAAUGAAGAAUGGUACAGCGAAAAGGUGUUCAACGAGGAGAUCCAGAUCAGAAAGGCCAAGGCACAGAAAGCAGUGAAGCAGGAGGCGAGCGACGAUGCCAUUGUAGACACUCCUCCCGUCGAGACUGCCAAAGUGGAGACUCCCAUUUACAAUAAAUGGGCCGGAAAGGUGUUGGACUCCAUGAUUCCAUUUUUGGAACCUAACGAUCGUAAGAUUUUCAUCCGGUUGUUGAGUGACUUGCCGUACCUCAACGAGGAUUUAGUGGGUAGAAUCAAGUCUUUGUGCUUGGAUCCCGUGAGAAUUAAAAUAGGGUUUUUGUCGUUGCAAUUCUUGAUCAUGUACCGUCCUCCAGUCAAGGAUGUCUGCCUUAAGAUCUUGACCCAGUUGAGCGAGAGUGACCAGGACGACUUGCGGGAAGAAGCCAAGAAGUUGCUCGCUAAGUAUAGUGUAUGA